AUUUUUUUUGAAUAAAAUACAAUUAACUAUUAUUUAUCAAAUCGUGAUGAAGUACAUGAACAAUACAAUCAGGGGGAACGCCAAGCCAAAAUCGGCGUUCAGACAAAGAACACGCCACCCUAGCUAAAGUAUGAGCGGCUCUGUUCGCAGAACGCCUAGUAUAAGAGAAGGAAAUGCUCCCGAAAUGCAUUCCUAAAGCCUUAGGGUCUGUUUGCAACAGCUUCUGCUUUUAAAAAAGUGCUUUUUUUAAUGAAAUGGAGAGAAGUGAUUAAAUAAAAGUUGAUAGUGUUUGAGAAAAAAGUGAUUUUGAAAAGUAAAAGUGGGUAGUGUUUGGUAAAAUAAGUGCUUUUUGUGUAAUAGAAAAGGUAAAAGCACUUUUGACGCGGAAGCCGAGAAAAAUAAAAGUUGUAGUGUUUGGGAAAAUAAGUGCUUUUUUAAAGCCAAAAGCUGAGAAGUGCUUUUUUAGAAGCAGUUGCAAACCAACCUUUAAUAUCAUCAGCUAAAAGACCCGUAUAUGAGACGCUGGAUCCCUUGUGAAUCUCCGUAAUGGCCUGUAAAGAGUCUGACUCCACCUCAAGCUUCACCCACCGAUAGUCCUUCAAGCAGUUAAGAGCUUCCCUGAUGGCUAAUAAUUCCGCCUCAAGUGGUGAGCAGCAUCUCACCCAUGGACAAGCUCCACCUCCCUGAAACUCCCCUCUUUCAUCCCUGACAACCCAUCCAAAACCACACCCUGCAGCAGCCACAGAAGCAUCCACAUUAACCUUCACUUUGCCAGGCAAUGGAGGACACCAAACAACAUCCCGGACAGGAAGGGAUGACUGCAGCCCGCCCCCCUUCUUCUGCGCUUCCGACCAGCCUUCAACAAAAGACCGGGCUCGAUGGACAAUCUGUUGCGGAGUCCCAUUACACCCCUGCCAAACCCUGCAAUUACGUUCACACCAUAUACCCCAACACCCCCAAACCACCGACAGCAAGCUCUCUAUACUUCUGGCCUGAAAAUUCACUUCCACCCAUUCCAUGAAAGAAGAAGUUGAAAUAGCAACUGUCUGCCAUCCUAAAAUACGCCCGACCUCUACCGCUACAGGGCACCUGCCAAAAAGAUGCAACAAAGAUUCUUCUCCCUCUCCGCAAAUUCCACAAACCAGUGGGCAGUUAACCAUACGGCUGCGAAGUGCACACCUAGUUGGAAGACAACCCGAACAAAUUUGCCAGAAAAAAGAUUUGAUUUUUGGUGGUAAUUUCCACUUCCACAUUUGAGUCCAACCUGUCCAGCAUCCCGUUGUUGAUUCGCCCACCAAUUUCCUGUAGCAGCUCCGGACUGAAAACUGACCAUCUCUUUCGCCACUCCACAUUAAUCUGUCAGGUCAAGGUUACAACCUCCAAAAAGUUGCAUGUACUUCUCACUCACAUCUCACAUUCUAUAUACGAAGUGAUAUGACUCCCAAAUUAAACACCAAUAUCACAAAGAAAAAUAUAGUUCAAAGAAGAUUGAAGAAAUAUGGUCACAAAAAUAUGGGUCGUCCUUGCGGCAUUGUCAUUGGUUCUUUCUGCUGCGAAUUCAUCAUCCUUAGAAAAAUAUCCAGUCGCCCACUUUCUCAACCGUAUAGAUAAUGAAACGGUUUCUAUUGACUGUAGCGAAGGUGGAUCAACUAAACUAGAACCAGUCCAGAAAUUUUCAUUUGAAGCCAAAGAUAAAGACAACGACGAUGCUUACAUUUGUUAUUGUGAGUAUGGGGAGAGGCCAUACUCUCUUGAAGUCAAGGGAUAUCAGCAAGCAAGAGACAAAGGUUAUGACAUCUAUUGGAUGUUCGUUCGACUUGGAAUUGCUGCUAGUUAUGAUAACAAAUACUAUACUUUGGUAGAAAGGUGGAAAUCUGAUUAGUUGAUGUUAUCUUCGUUCAAUUCGCAUUUGUGGGUUUUUAUUCGUUCGUCUAUAUAUGUAAUCCUUAAUUAGCUUCUCUGAUGAAGAUUUUAAUGAUCACAAUGUCCCUUCAAAAAG